UCGUCUUUCAUUCCUCUUGAUUGCCCAGUAAGUUUCCCUUCAUUCGCGAAGCAAAAUCGGUUAAACUUGGUGGGAAAAAUGUUAAGCCAAGAGCAAGAGUCGUUGUUGAACGAGGUUUGUGCCCAGGAUGGAUUCAAAGAUUUUACCUUUUCGGUUGAAGAGGGCUGCAAAAAGGGCGACAAUUUCUUGGGAAACGUUCGGAUAAUCAACGUAAAGGAAAAUGGGAUGAGCAAGGAAAAAAGCUACGUGUUAAAGUGUGCGGAAACCGAUUUAAGAGUUCGCUCCCAAAUACCGGUACACAGUUUGUAUGAACGGGAACGUUUCGUGUAUGAAACCUUGCUGCCAACGUUUGAAAUUUUUCAACAAAGUAGAGCGUUGAAGUAUCCAUUCAAGUCCUACACCAAACUUCGUGGAUGCUCUGUUAAGGAUGGUGACGAAUGCUUGCUGAUGAAUAACAUAAAGGAUGCCAAAUUUCAAAUGCUGGACAGAAAAAAUGGGAUGGAUGCGGACCAUGUUUCUCACGUCUUCAGAGAACUGGCAAAAUUCCACUCAGUUUCUCUAGCUAUGAAGCACUUGUUACCUGAAACCUACCAGUCCCUCACUUCCAACUUAGAGGACGUCUGGCAAGAAAUGCCAGAGACUCAAGGAUCUUAUCUGCGGAGCACAGAGAAAGCUUUUGAUCACGCUUUAAAAAUCGUUGAAGGGCAUGAGAAAGCAACAAAAGCAUUAGAGAAAUGCCAAAUCGAAUUAAAUAACAUUUUUAGUGCAACUGCUAUGGAAAGCAACAAGUUGGUUGUUACACAUGGAGACUCUUGGUGCAAUAAUAUGAUGUUCAAAUACGAGGAUCCAGGAAAUCUUUGCACUCCUACAAGCAUGUGCUUCUUGGACUGGCAAAUCUGCAAAAUUUCAAGCCCUGCAAUGGACUUAUUUUAUUUUCUUUUCCUCUCUGGAUCCAAAUUUGCACUGGACAAUCACCAAACAUUCCUGGAUGAGUACUACGAAACAGUCCAGAAAAAUUUGCAGCAUUUAGGCCUGGAUACAAACGAAAUAUUUCCUUAUGAGCUUUUCCAACAGCACUGCAAACAAAAUUCCGCAGCGUGCAUGUGCAUUGCAAUGUGUCUACUACACCAUGUGCUAAUGCACGAAAAUCAUGCAACUAAUUUUGUCGAACUUGCUAAUGAUGGCUUAAUAUUUGAAAAAUUUAUGAAUCAAGAAACGUACAGUGAUGAAUAUAAUUCCAGAGUCCGGGACAUUAUUUGUAUGAUGGUGGACCAUGAGUAUAUUUGAUUAAUCAACUGGUUGGUUACUAAAUAAUGUUCAAACCGAAAUUAAUUUAAAAAUAUGUUUUGUGUGAUUUGGCUUGUGUGAAUGGCGCACUCACUACAAUUAAUUAAAUAAAUUAAAAAAAGGCAAAAUAAAA